AUGGGUGACGACAAGUCCAAGGCCCUCAAACUCAAGGAGGAAGGCAACCGGCACUUUUCGAAAAAGGACUACGUUGCCGCCGAGAGCUGCUACUCCCAGGCUCUAGUCGUCGACCCGAGCCUGACAUCCCUGUACACCAACCGCGCCAUGUGCCGCUUCAACCAGGGCAACUACGAGGGCGCGGUGACGGACUGCGACGUGUGCAUCGGCCUGGACGACCGGUCCAUAAAGGCCCACUACUUCAAGUCCAAGUCGCUCCAGGCGCUGGGGGCCGACCUCGACGCGGCCUGCCACCACGCCCAGAGGGCGUACGAGGCCUGCCGCGCUGUCGACGACAAGAGCCUCGACAUGACCAUGGCCCAGCUCCUGCGGUGCCGGCACGAGAGGUGGCAGCGCAGGGAGGCGGCCCGCCGCCGAGAGGCCCAGGACCUGGAGCGAGAGGUGCUCGACCUCCUGGCCGCCCAGACCCGCCGGGACGCCGACGAGGCCGAGUCCGACCUCGACAGGGCUGCCAUCGCCGACGAGGGCGAGCAGAAGGCCCGGGCUAUGCAGGCCAUCUUCGAGCGCGCUCGCCAGGAUGCCGACCGCAAGAGGGAUGUGCCCGACUGGUUGGUCGACGACAUCUCCUUUAACGCCGCCAUCAACAACAACGCCGUCGACCCUGUCACACGCGAACCCCUCGCCAAGGGGGAACUCAUCCCCAACGUUGUUCUCAAGCAGGCCUGUGAAUGGUUCCUCGAGAACAACGGUUGGGCAUAUGACUGGUAA